CGACGCUCUACCCACUUCACACCAGCCGCCUUGCACUCGGAAACACACCAUCACCAGCCGCUCGUGCGCUUGCCCCACCAACCUGCUCUGUACACAAUCGCCUUCACCCACAACAAAGCCCCAGCCAGAAUCCAGGCUCACGGUACGAGCCAUGAGCAACGCGGAUUUUCUCGGUCGCGCCAUCGAGACGGUCAAGAAGGCCAUUGAAACCGACACGGCUGGCGAAUAUGAAAAGGCCUACCAGCUGUACUACAGUGCCCUGGAGCUCUUCAUGCUUGCCUUGAAAUGGGAGAAGAACCAAAAGUCCAAGGACAUGAUUCGCGGCAAGGUGGCCGAAUACAUGGAGCGCGCCGAGAAGCUCAAGCAACAUCUCAACCAAAAUGACGCCUCGAAUCGCAAGAAACCAGCAGCCAUGGGCUCAAACGGCAAAGCAGCAGGAGGCAGUGGCAAGGGCGGAGGUGACGACGACGAAGGCGAGCAGGACGCCGAUUCCAAGAAGCUGCGUGGAGCUUUGGCUGGCGCUAUUCUCUCUGAAAAGCCCAAUAUCCGGUGGGAGGACGUGGCUGGUCUCGAAAUGGCAAAGGAGGCGCUCAAAGAAGCCGUCAUAUUACCCAUCAAGUUUCCACACCUGUUCACUGGCAAGAGACAACCGUGGAAGGGCAUAUUGCUUUACGGACCGCCUGGAACCGGUAAGAGUUAUCUGGCAAAGGCGGUCGCAACCGAAGCGAACAGCACAUUUUUCAGUGUAUCGAGUUCGGAUCUAGUCAGCAAGUGGAUGGGUGAAUCAGAACGCCUCGUCAAGCAGCUCUUUGGCAUGGCACGCGAGAACAAGCCCUCCAUCAUCUUUAUUGACGAAAUCGACGCCCUCUGUGGCCCUCGUGGAGAAGGCGAAUCGGAGGCGUCAAGACGUAUCAAGACCGAGUUGCUCGUGCAAAUGGACGGUGUAGGCAAAGACUCAAAAGGCGUGCUUAUUCUUGGCGCAACAAACAUCCCAUGGCAGCUCGACUCUGCUAUCCGACGACGCUUCCAGCGACGAGUACAUAUCAGUCUACCAGACACCCCCGCGCGCAUGAAGAUGUUUGAACUCGCGGUUGGAAACACACCCUGCGAACUGAACCAGGCCGACUACAGGAAAUUGGCAGAGCUAAGCGAGGGAUAUUCGGGUUCGGAUAUCUCGAUUGCAGUACAGGAUGCACUCAUGCAACCCGUGCGACUUAUCCAGACAGCUACACACUACAAGCCUGUCGAGGUUGACGGACAGACAAAAUGGACGCCCUGCUCGCCCGGCGACCCACAGGCGGUGGAGAAGUCGUGGACAGACCUUGAAGGCGACCAGCUGCUGGAGCCGCCUCUCAAGGUCAAGGACUUUAUCAAGGCAAUCAAGGCGUCAAGACCAACGGUUAGUGGCGAGGACCUGCAGCGCAGUGCCGAGUGGACCAAGGAGUUUGGAAGCGAGGGCGCAUAGCCCGUUGGUUUAGUUCAAAGAUGUGGUUUGGUGCUGUAUACCUUGGAGGCGCUUUUGGUGUUUAUAUCCCUUUUGAGCAUAGCGAUUUCAAGUCUCCAAAACAAUGGAUAGGAUGCCAACGUCGCAACGUUUGCAUUAACCUUUACACAUAUGAUCAUG